AUUUCUCGACAGAGGGCCUAAGAUGUAUGUACAUGCAUACAAGAUGUAUGUACACAUAUCUAUGAAUAUGUCUACACCACAGUGUGCGAUCAAAACGAAAAUGGUGGUCGACAUGGAACUACAAGAGGCUAAGGAUAUCGUCCUUCAAUUAAUGAAGGAAAAAGACAAGAUCGAAUCUGAUCUACGAGCGCUAAAGGAGAUCUUAGAUUCCAAUCACAUCGGCAUGGACGAACCACUAGUGGACUCUGAAGGAUAUCCCAAGCAAGAGGUCGACGUUUAUCAAGUGAGACACACAAGGCACAAAAUAAUAUGUCUUACAAAUGAUCAUAAAGAUGUGAUGAAGAAAAUAGAGGAGGGCUUGCACAAAGUACAUGCUCUAGCAGGAGCCAGCGAAACUGAACAGUCAGUAUCUGACAUACCUGAUAGUCACGAAAUAGAAGCACUGGAGCCUUUCCUCAGAGUGAAUUUAGUUUCACCUGGUUCACCAGCGGAAACUGCGGGAAUCCAAGUUGAAGAUCUAAUAUUGGAAUUUGGAUCUAUUCAUUGCCGAAAUUUCAAAUCUUUAGCAGAUAUUGGAAAGCUGGUAGAAAAUAGCAGAUAUAAGACGAUUCAUGUAAAAGUCAAACGUGAGUCGAAUGUUACAGUCUUAUCGUUAACUCCACGUCCUUGGGUCGGUAAAGGUCUUUUGGGAUGUAAUGUGAUACCUGUAGAAGUAGUUGAGAGAUAAAAUUAUAUCGCAGAGUAAUACGUAACGUAUUUUUCCAGCAUACAAACUAUUUUUAUGUAUAUCUUGAAUAUCAAUAAAUGUAUCUUUGUAAGU